UGUCCUUCUAGGACUUGUCUGUGGUACUUAAGGCCCAGGAGUUUCGAAGUGGAGAAAACCAAACGAGUCCGUGCAGAUGUUAAAGGUCAACAAGAGGGAUGCAUAAUAUAGCAAGAUUGGUGAACUUGGCGUAUUAGUAUAAUAGCAAUAUAUAGAUGUUGCCAGAUAGCUGGUGUCGCUCUAUUACCGGUAAAAUACGUCACGCGAAAUUGCAUCACUGUUGAUCAAUCAUUACCUGUAGUGUUACUUUAUAAACAAUACUUAGGACGUUACGGAGACUGUUAUAUAACAGUGACCCUAUAUGUAGGUCUGUGUGGACAAUGGUCAGUCAGCUGGAAAGGGGGCCGGACGGAUCCAAUUAGCUGACUGGAUACCUAUAGAGCUUUAUUGGCAGGUCGUUUUGUCCGGGUUACACACAUGUCGUGGGAAUUUAACCUAGUUUCACAGUGUAUUGGACGUACUGUAGGCAAACCUGUUAAUAUGGACAUUCCGGAAUAGUCGUUAUAAAUUGGAUCCUUUGACUGGGUGUAUGACUGAGAUGAGAUGGAUCCCGGAUCACAGCGACGAUCGGCAUGUCUGUUUUGGAUACUGACGCUGAGUUCUUUCGUCUGUACGACUAUUUACCUGUCAAUGUGUACAGUAGAAGUUUCAGUGUCAAGCCAGGAACCAUGCGCCUACAUAGAGGGAUUGACAGUUACAACUGUGAUAGCGUUCCUUUGUGGAAUCUUCUGGUACUGCUACAAACAGAAGAUGCGGUACGGUACGUCCCUUGAGUAUUAUCUCCAUCCACUUCCGCUGUUUGCUGACGGCACUGAACCCGAGACAAUCCCCGUCCCUGAUGGUCAGCCAACCAUAUCUGAGAGGAUGUUACAGAGCGAUAUGUUGAAACCACUGACCAUUGAUAACGUCCCGGAAGAUUUCGAAUGUGCCAUUUGCAACGACAGCGAACAUUCCGUCAAUCAAAAAGUAACAAAGCUCAGCUGUAGUCAUGUCUUUCACCGGGAGUGUGUGUUGCGUUGGUUCCUAAGCACCAGUAAGAAGACCUGUCCAAUCUGUCGGACUAGCCAGGUCCCAGAGGGACGUCUUCUUGUCAUCACAAUAAUCCCCCAGGAAGGACGAGCCCCCGUCAGGCUCUCACAGGUAUGAAUCCCGGAAUCAAGUCCGUUGGGAGAAUUUGAUGCGUCCUCUACCGCGCAUGCUCAUCGAAAGUGAAUUUCCGCUUCCGGCUAUGCAGUAGAGUCGAACAUUAUUCGCAAUGUUGCCAUGCAAUGGUUUAUGCAAUAUCAAUGCAAUUAUUUUCAUUAAGAAAUAUUAAUUUACGUAUAAAACGUUAAAUACUACAACGUUGCUCCUUAGAAUAUAGUAACAAUCUGUAUGGUCUUUGAAAAUGACAAUACCGUCAUACACUUUUUAUGAUAACAUGUAUUAUAAUCCUUUGUUCAGAGGAAAGUAACUAAUGAGCAUGAAACAACAUUUUCUUAAUUGAAUUUUGUGGUGUGAUAUUUUUUGUUCACGCAAAAAAGUGCAUGUUUAUCGUUUCCUGUUAUCAAUGUUACGUUUUGCUCCAGUGAAUCAUUCGAUUGCGCAUGUGCAUAAAUAUAUGUAAGUACGUAUAUAUAUAUACGAAAUGUUAAAAUCUGACAGAUUUAUGAUUUUACAAAUGUGAAUAAGUGUGUGAUUAUGAAUGUAAUUAUAUUAUUUUGAUGGGUGUAAAUUGUGAAACCGCGCGAGUUGUUUAUUGAGAGUGUGAAAUACCUGAACAAAUGUUAAUAUACAUGUGAGGUGCUAGUAUAAUAUUGUCUUAUCCUUAUGAUUCUGUAAAGGCGCACAACAUUAUCAUUCAAUAUCAAAUAAAUCAUUUUUAUGACGUGAAAUAACAAAAAAUUCGUUGUAAGUGCUUGAUAAAAUAUUGAUUAAAAUUGUUACCCCAAGUA